CUCGCCGCUUGCCUCCCGAAAUUUGCCCCUGGGCGCGUAGGCUUAUCCGUGCAUCCAGAGCGCACGGCCGAGGAGGAAUAUGACGAACUCGUUGAUUGGCUCAAGCAGUGCGGAGCAACCGUUGACAAGGUGGCUGUGGAUCAUUUCAACGGCAUGGGUCAAGGACUCAAGGCCACGGCCGAGGCGGCCCCGGGUGAAACGCUGCUGCGGAUACCCGAGGCAUGUAUGCUGUCGGAAGAAUCGGCUCGCCGCUCCACCCUCGGGGCUUACAUGGAUAGUGACACCAUGCUCAAGCUCAUGCCCAACGUGACCCUGGCCUUUCACCUUCUCCUCGAGCUGCACGAUCUUGACUCCUUCUGGCGCCCCUACAUUGCCUGCUUGCCCGUCUCAUAUUCGGUCCCACUAUACUGGGACUUGCCCGAUCUCAUGUCUCUACGAGGCUCGUCCCUGUUUGUCGAAGCCAUCCGCCUCUACAAACACGUCUGCCGCCAGUACGGCUACCUCCACAACAAGCUCUCAGUGCGUGCAAAUCCGAGCUGCUCCUGUUUUCCUCUCACCUUGGGGCUCUCACCGGAAGCAUUUACGUUUGAGGAUUGGCGCUGGGCCGUAGCCACCGUCAUGACUCGCCAAAACUCGAUUCCUCAAGCCGGACCUGAUGGACAAAUGAAACCAACUUUGGCCCUGAUUCCUCUUUGGGACAUGAUCAACCAUGCAAACCACCCCAUGUCGACUCAGUUUGACUCUGAGCGCGAGUGUCUCGAGUUUGUGUGCCCUGCGCCCGCCAAGCCCGGGAGCCAGAUUACCAUGUGGUAUGGUGACCGCAACAAUGGCCAGUUUCUACUGCACCAGGGCUUUUUCUUUGCGGGCCAUGCCAACGAUUACGUGAACGUACCCUUUUCUCUCGAUGAGACGGACAGCCUGUACAAGAUCAAGGCAUUGCUACUGCGCAAUCUCACCGUACCUCCCGCGGGCGACUUUGUGCUCUCGACCGAUGACCAACUGGACCCGCAAUUGUUGGCCUUUGCCCGAGUGGCCAGCAUGAGUAAAGGUGGGCCCAGUCGCUUGGAAGCCCGGUGUCAAUCUUCCGCGUUUCUGCUUACACGGACUUCUUCUUUGCGUAUGCCCUGCCUUGUUGUGUGCAUGCCGGGCGUCUUGUCUGUAAUCUGGCAAUGA